AAAGCGACCCCUAGCGGCGCGGAUGCGCACCUGCCGAUGUAAACAUUAAGCGGCGGCCAGGAACCGGCACGGGGACAAACUUAAACAAAGGCCUGGCGUCUUACGACGACAAACUCCUCACAACCGUCAAGACGUCUUGGACUGAGACGCAGGCCGCAGUGUGUACAGGAUACCCACCAAGUUGAGAAAAACGACAACUUCCAGCAGGUACAUUGUAUCAUCUAGGUAGAAAGGGUAAAAUGACGCUGUGGAGAUUUGUCUGCGUCAUCGUUGCCAUGACAACGACGAUAUGCGGCAGAUGCCACGCGCAGGACCCGGAUGACGACACCAUGGGCGCGUUCGAACGCAUUCUCAAGGUCAACAAAGAAGCCGACUCGCUGAGCCCGCCGGUCGGCCAGACUCCGUUCGAGGGCGACAUCGCCAUCACCCCGCGGCAGCAGCAGGCCAUCCAGGCGCAGCUGCAGAACCAGCGGGCGGGGGACGUCGCCGCCAACGCCGUAGCCGCGCUGGCCACGCUCCGGUGGCCCAAGGGCGUCAUCCCGUACACCAUCGACUGUAGUCUCGGAACAGGUCCCUGUCGGCGUCCGCCCACCCGCACCGGCAGGGCCGCCGUUCCACCCACCAUUGCCGGGCUGUCCAUGCGGUGGCCCAAAGGAAUCAUUCCAUAUACCAUAGACUGCAGUCUGCAGAACAUUCCAGCCGCCCUGACCGCCAUUAAGACCGCCAUACGGCAGUGGGAGGAGAGGACAUGUAUCCGCUUCGUCAAGAGGACAACGGAGAAGGACUACCUCGACUUCUACAGGAACAAAUACUGCCAGUGCCCGGUGGGCCGGAUCGGCGGGAAGCAGCGGCUGUCUGUUGGCAACGGCUGCGAGUACACGCACGUCAUGAUCCACGAGAUCGGCCACGCCAUCGGGUUCUGGCACGAGCAGUCCCGUCCGGACAGGGACAACUGGGUGGAGGUGCUCUGGGACAACAUAGAACCAGGUCUCGACACGGCCUUUGACAAGUACGGAAAGGCUGAGAUCGACUCUCUAGGCGUGGAGUAUGACUACGGCUCCAUCAUGCACUACCCGUUCAACGCCUUCCCGCGCUCGCCCGGGCUGGAGACUCUGCGCGCGCUGCAGGAGGUCACCCAGCAGCCGUACAGGCAGCUCAGCGAGAAGGACGUGCUGCAGGUCCAGCUCAUGUACGACUACUGCAGAGACCGUUCCGACUCGGACUUGCCGCCUGGCGCCGACGAUCCGGUCUGUGACGAUCUGGACGCGUCCUGUAAGGACUGGGCGGAGGCGGGAGAGUGCGAGAACAACGUCAACUGGAUGCUGUACCACUGCAAGGACAGCUGUAAUACAUGCGACGGCCCGUGUGAAGACAGCGAGGCGAGAUGUCCCCAGUGGGCCCGGGAGGGAGAGUGUGUGGAUAACGCCGAGUACAUGCUGCUCAACUGCCGCAAGAGCUGCCGGUCCUGUCGCGUGUCCGGGCAGCACGCACACGCCCCACCGAUGGCAGCGGGCCUGAUGAUGCGGCCGGUCGGUCCCGAGACCGUCCCGGAGGAGGCACUUCCGCCCGAGGUGCAGUCUGGGAUACUGGCGAGGGGAGAGACCGACGAGAACAACGUGGCCGAGCUGCUGGGCAACCCCAUCGCGGAGAGGGAGAAGAAAUGGCUGCGAGCAUAUUUGGUGAUCCGGAAUGCGUGCAUCCGGAGCCGGAACCAGCUGGGGGCGUUCCGGAGACAGAGCUUACGGCACUGCGUCAGGCGGUGUAACGAUGACGUCAGGUGUGCCUCCUUUGACUACAUCCCGUCGUACCGGAGCUGCUACCUGUCCCUGGACAACCGCGAGUCGGCCCCGCACGACUUCGACGGCUGCACGGAGGAGUACCGCCGCAUCACCAACUACUACGAGAAGAAGAAAACCAGAGAACGCAGUUCGGAAUCAGACGUACCUGACGGCUACGGCGUCAUCAGAAACACCUGCAUCAAGGGCAGGAACCAGCUGGGAAACUUCUACGGCGAAACGUUGGACCAGUGCGCCUCCAGGUGUUCAGCGGACGUCAGAUGUAAGUCGUUCGACUUCGUGGCGAUGUACCAGAGCUGCCACCUGUCCGUGGAUGACCGCGUGUCUGCCGGGGAGGACGCGCUCUGCACGGAACAGUACAGCGCCAUCACCAACUACUACGAGAAGAUACCCGACGAAGCGCCCUCUAUCGGCGACUUCCUGCGCAUCAACGAGGGGUGCAUUCUGGGAAGGAACCAACUGGGGUCCUUCUAUGACGAGACGGUGGAGCAGUGCAAAGGGCGGUGCGGAAACGACUACAGCUGCCGUUCCUUCGACUACGUGCACACGUACCGCUCGUGCCACCUGUCCACAGACAACCGGAUCACGGCGCGCGCCGCAUUCGACUCCUGCCCCUCAUGGCUGCGGCUGCAGACGGACUACUACGAGAAGGUUACGGAACCCCCACCCACCACACAGCCGCCCACCACCACCAGGAGAACCACGACAACAUGGCGGCCUCCAACCCGCACCACCACCAAAUCACCGCUACCGGAGUCGUGUUCCACGCCCCUUGGACUGGGGAAGGGGAGCGGGUACUCCCUGCCUGACGCCGCCUUCACCGCCUCCUCCACACUCAGUCUGGCAGCCUGGAGCGCAGGGCCCGAGAACGCGCGGUUACAUCAGGAGGACGACUACGACAGGAACCGGGUGGGGUCAUGGUGCGCGGGAAGCAGUGACUAUGGCGAGUACCUGCAGAUCGACCUGGGCCGUACCAAGCGCAUCACGGGGGUGGCCACUCAGGGCAGGCCGAAGCAGUUCGAGCACGUGAAGUCGUACAACCUGGCCUACAGCCACGACUCCCGCACGUGGUACGAUUACAUGGAGGGCGGCUAUGUGAAGACGUUCGAGGGCAACUGUGAUCACCUGACCGCAGUGACCAAUCGGGUGAGCGAGCCUCUGACGGCGCGGUUCCUGAGGUUCAUAAUUCAGGAUAACGAGUGGCCGUGUCUGAGGGCGGAGGUGUACGGGUGCGAGCCGGACACGCCGACAGCGGGAGGCAGUUACCCAGGCAACGAUGGUGGGCGUGUCCCCGACACCACGUAUCCUAGCAACGGCGGUGGGCGUGUCCCGGAGACCACAUAUCCUAGCUUCAACGGUGACCAUGGUUACGACGACUACGACAUUUACGACGAUGACGAUAUAGAAGCGCGCAUCCCUUGAAAGUGACAGUUUGUCUUCUGCUUCAGAUUUUCUUAAGUCCCCACAAGACUGUUUGCUUUCUGGAAAAAAGUGGAAUCUGGCCAAAUGGGCUGAAUGAUUUGCCAGAGAUAUUAGCCUGGUUGUAGCUUUACAUGGCUCAACGAGUCGGGUUAUUUGUUGGACCCUAUGAUGUGUCAGUUCCUAUUGUAUAACUGUGUCAGAACAAAGGCCCAUUACAAGCCCAACCACACCCAUCCCCACCCUACCCCUCACCCCAAGCUAAGGCUAAUGUCACAUUGGCACAAGGGACCUGACCGGGCAGUUUGGAGGAAUAAAUGUACGAUAGACACAAAACAGACCCCGGGUAGGAAAUGUGACGUAGGCCUAUGGAGGCUAGCUUUCCAUACAUCUGCUUACCUGCCAUUGUGUAAUAGAUUCUAUGACCAGCUAACCCCUCUGGCAAUCUGAUGAACACCAUUGGGUCAGUUUCUACUAUUUUAGGUAAAGCAGUCCGGCGGACACUAUACAUUUCCCCAUUUGAAGUGAUGUUUGCUUGUAUAAAAGAUCUGCUGGUCAGGCCGACAUGAAUUUGUUUGAAAUGAAACUGUGAACUCAAGUUAACUCUCUGACCUUUUUUGUGUGAAAUGUACACCGGUAUAGCAAUUGAGCGUAUGGAUACUUUUAACUUAUCAAAUGGGUACUUUUAACUUAAGAGUUGAUUUUUACUGAAUUACCUAUACAACAGCGUGGUACUGUCUUAUCACUGUAGACCUCACCGUUUCCGUUUCCUCAUUGUCUUGUCGUUUAUUUCCGUCGUAAUUUGUACCCAUUUUUAUUGGACUAUAACUGAAUAAAAAAGGAAGAAGACUA